AUGGAGCACGUAAGCAAAAGCGUCACCCUUGUUGAGCUCAGCCGUUCCCUCGUGCCCCCGAAGUGGGAGGAUACCGUGCGUGUCAUUGGCAUGUCGGAGUGCAAGGAGGCCGGCCUCUCGCUGGCCCAUGCCUUUGCUGCUGAUGAUCUUAGCCAGUAUCUUCUCGACGCCGAUGACAUGGCGAACCUGUCGGCCGAGUCCAAGUGGAAGCUGCACGUCGACAUCAUGGUCUACAUCGCGGCCGCACACUGCAUCAAUGGCACCGUCACCACCAUCGGCCCGGACCACGACGCCGUUGCUCUGUGGAUGCCUCCCGGAAAGGACGCCGACGGAUGGUGGACCGUCCUCCGGAGCGGUUUGUGGCGCCUCUACUUCCAGCUCACCGUGGAGGCCAGGCGUCGUUACUACGACGAGCUGCUGCCCCUGUUGCACGAUACCAAGCUCGAGGUCAUGGGCGAGCGGGACGGUGACUGCUACUACCUGGUCUACCUAGGGACCAAACCCAACGCCCGGGGCAAAGGGUACGCGCGGAAGCUGCUCAACGACAUGAUAGAGAGGGCCGACGCGGAAAACCGUGCCGUCUACCUCGAGUCCAGCUCCCUCGCUAACAACGCAUACUACCGCAAAUUCGGGUUCGAGUUCAAGCGCGAGAUCCGACUGACGCGCGGCGACGCCCCCGUCAGCCUGUUCAUCAUGGUCCGCGAGCCGUGCCCGCGCAAGGCGGGUGGAGGCGGCGGCACUGGCGGCCACAUGUACUCGGCGGCCGUCCCGGGCCACAUCAAGAUGCAGAUCAACGCUGUCAUGAAGGAGACGGUGCGGGCUUGA